AGUGGAUAGUCACAGUUGUGAAGUGACAUUCACUCAGUAAGUUUCCUUCGAGAGAUCCAGCAAACUACCUACCAACCACCUUUGAAAUGGCCGACAAGAAGAAUCUCCUGCUGCUCUUCGACCAUCCCACCGAGCCCGUGUUCAUGGACAAGGGCAAGAGGGUGACCGUGUUCGAUGUGCCCGACUCCUUCCUGACCGACCGCUACCGCCCGAUCAGCAACGAGGUGCAGAGCCGCGUGGGCGACAAGGUGGAGCAGCGCAUCCCGGUGCGGGACAUCUCCAUUCCCGACCUGCGGAUCCCCAUGUCGCUGGGCCGUGACGAGCAGUUCUCGCUGUUCCUGCCCAAGCACCGCCGGAUCGCCGGCCGUCUGAUCGACAUCUUCAUGAACAUGCGCUCUGUGGACGACCUGCAGAGUGUGGCCGUGUACGCCAGGGACCGCCUCAACCCGGUGCUCUUCAACUACGCCCUAUCGGUGGCCCUGCUCCAUCGUCCGGACACCCAGGGCCUGGACCUGCCCUCCUUCUCGCAGACCUUCCCGGACCGCUUCAUCGACUCGCAGGUGAUUCGCCAGAUGCGGGAGGAGUCCUUUGUGGUGCAGCCGGGCUCGCGGAUGCCCAUUACCAUUCCCAGGGACUACACCGCCUCCGACCUGGACCCCGAGCACCGGCUGUGGUACUUCCGCGAGGACCUGGGCAUCAACCUCCACCACUGGCACUGGCAUUUGGUUUACCCCUUCGAGGCUGCCGAUCGCAGCAUCGUUAACAAGGAUCGUCGCGGCGAGCUCUUCUACUAUAUGCACCAGCAGGUGAUUGCCCGCUACAACCUGGAGCGGUUCAGCAACAACCUGGCCCGAGUGCUGCCCUUCAACAACCUGCGCGACCCCAUUGCCGAGGGCUACUUCCCCAAGAUGGACUCCCUGGUGGCCAGUCGCGCCUGGCCGCCCCGCUUCGAGGGCACCAAGCUGAGCGAUCUCAACCGGGAGGCGGACCAGCUGAAUGUGGAAAUCGGCGAUCUGGAGCGCUGGCGCGAUCGCAUCUAUGAGGCCAUCCAUCAGGGCUUUGUCCUGGACGAGCGUGGCAACCGCGUUGCCUUGGACGAGGCUACGGGAAUUGAUACCCUGGGCAACAUGAUUGAGGCCUCCAUUCUUUCGCCCAAUCGUGUGCUGUAUGGUGACCUGCACAACAACGGACACACCUUCAUCUCGUACGCCCACGACCCGACCAGCAAGCACCUGGAGUCCUUCGGCGUGAUGGGCGAUGUGUCCACGGCGAUGAGGGACCCGGUCUUCUACAAGUGGCACUCGUACAUCGACCGCAUCUUCCAGGAGCACAAGUCGCGCCUGCCUGCGUACACGGACACCCAGCUGAACUACUCGGGCGUCUCGAUCACGGGCAUCCAGGUGGACACCAAUGGGGGGCAGCCCAACACGCUGACCACCUUCUGGCAGCAGUCGGACGUGGACAUGUCGCGCGGCUUCGACUUCCUGCCCCGCGGCAACGUCUUCGCCCGGUUCACCCAUCUGCAGCACUUGCCCUUCACCUACACCAUCAGUGUGAACAACGACAGCGGAGCCCAGCGCUUCGGCUACGUGCGCAUCUUCAUGGCGCCCAAGAACGACGAGCGUGGCCAGCCCAUGCUGAUGCGGGACCAGCGCGGCAUGAUGGUCGAGCUGGACAAGUUUGUGGCUUCGCUGAACCCCGGACCCAACACCAUACGCCGUCGUUCCACGGAGUCGAGUGUGACCAUUCCGUUCGAACGCACGUUCCGCAACCUGGAUGCCAAUCGCCCGACUGCCGGCUCGCCGGAGGAGCUGGAGUUCAACUUCUGCGGCUGCGGCUGGCCCAACCACAUGCUGGUGCCGAAGGGCCUGCCCGAGGGUCUGCCCUGCGUGCUCUUCAUUAUGGUGUCCAACUACGAGAACGACAGGGUUGACCAGCAGUUGGUGGGCCGCUGCAGCGAUGCUGCCUCUUACUGCGGCGUUCGCGAUCGCCUGUAUCCGGAUCGCCAGUCCAUGGGCUACCCCUUCGAUAGACUGCCCCGCACGGGAGUCGAUCGUCUGGUCAACUUCCUCACACCCAACAUGAGCAUCGUGGACGUGAACGUGCGCCACGAGAACCGCACCGUUCAGCGCCAGAACUAGAAUCCGCUCCUGCUGAUCCACACUUCGACGCCCUGACCCGAUUUGAUGACCUUGCCCACUAGAUAUAUAACUCUUAGCAAUCUAUUGCAUUUUUAUUGAGGCGCUUAAUAAACAAGACAUCACGAACCAGACAUUCCACAAA